CGUCUUGGGUGGCGGGAGCGGGAAGGGGAUUCGGAUUGUCGCGCCUCCGCUCCGUGGAGGAAAGUGCUCUGUGGCCCCAAAUCCAGCCCCUGCACUUGAGUACCCCCAGGAACCCGACCCUUCGCACCCUACUACCUUCUCGAUCUCGCCGGCGCCUCAGAGCUGCAGUCCCGUCUCGAAUCCCUCAGCACCUCAGCCACUAGCCGCGAUGCAUGUGAUCAAGCGAGAUGGCCGCCAAGAGCGGGUUAUGUUCGACAAAAUUACGUCUCGAAUCCAGAAGCUAUGUUAUGGACUUAAUAUGGAUUUUGUUGACCCUGCUCAGAUCACCAUGAAAGUAAUCCAGGGCUUAUACAGUGGGGUCACCACUGUGGAACUAGAUACUUUGGCUGCUGAAACAGCUGCGACCUUGACUACCAAGCACCCUGACUAUGCCAUCCUGGCAGCAAGGAUUGCGGUCUCCAACUUGCACAAAGAAACAAAGAAAGUGUUCAGUGAUGUGAUGGAAGAUCUCUACAACUACAUAAAUCCACAUAAUGGCAAACACUCUCCCAUGGUGGCCAAGUCAACACUGGAUAUUGUUUUGGCCAAUAAAGAUCGACUGAAUUCUGCCAUUAUCUAUGACCGAGAUUUCUCUUAUAAUUACUUUGGAUUUAAGACUCUGGAGCGGUCCUAUUUGUUGAAGAUCAAUGGAAAAGUGGCUGAAAGACCACAGCAUAUGUUGAUGAGGGUAUCUGUGGGGAUUCAUGAAGAAGAUAUUGAUGCUGCUAUUGAAACAUAUAAUCUUCUUUCUGAGAAGUGGUUUACCCAUGCCUCUCCCACUCUCUUCAAUGCUGGUACCAACCGCCCACAGCUUUCUAGCUGCUUCCUUCUGAGUAUGAAAGAUGAUAGUAUUGAAGGCAUUUAUGACACUCUAAAGCAGUGUGCAUUGAUUUCCAAGUCUGCUGGUGGAAUUGGUGUCGCUGUGAGUUGUAUUCGAGCUACUGGCAGCUACAUUGCUGGGACUAAUGGCAAUUCCAAUGGCCUUGUGCCAAUGCUGAGAGUAUAUAACAACACAGCUCGAUAUGUGGAUCAAGGUGGAAACAAGCGACCUGGGGCAUUUGCUAUUUAUCUGGAGCCUUGGCAUUUAGACAUUUUUGAGUUCCUUGAUUUAAAGAAGAACACAGGAAAGGAAGAACAGCGUGCCAGAGACCUUUUCUUUGCCCUUUGGAUUCCGGAUCUCUUCAUGAAACGAGUGGAGACUAAUCAGGACUGGUCUUUGAUGUGUCCAAAUGAAUGUCCUGGUCUGGAUGAGGUUUGGGGAGAGGAAUUUGAGAAGCUAUAUGAAAGUUAUGAGAAACAGGGUCGUGUCCGCAAAGUUGUAAAAGCUCAGCAGCUUUGGUAUGCCAUCAUUGAGUCUCAGACAGAGACAGGUACCCCGUACAUGCUCUACAAAGAUUCCUGUAAUCGGAAGAGCAACCAGCAGAACCUGGGAACGAUCAAAUGCAGCAACCUGUGCACAGAAAUAGUAGAGUAUACCAGCAAAGAUGAGGUUGCAGUCUGUAACUUGGCUUCCCUAGCCCUGAAUAUGUAUGUCACGUCAGAACACACAUAUGACUUUAAGAAGUUGGCUGAAGUUACCAAAGUCAUUGUCCGAAACUUGAAUAAAAUUAUUGAUAUUAAUUACUACCCUGUCCCAGAGGCAUGCUUAUCAAAUAAACGCCAUCGCCCCAUUGGAAUCGGGGUACAAGGUCUGGCAGAUGCUUUUAUUCUGAUGAGGUAUCCUUUUGAGAGUCCAGAAGCCCAGUUACUAAACAAGCAAAUCUUUGAAACUAUUUAUUAUGGAGCCUUGGAAGCCAGCUGUGACCUGGCCAAGGAGCAUGGCCCAUAUGAAACCUAUGAGGGCUCUCCAGUCAGCAAAGGAAUCCUUCAGUAUGAUAUGUGGAAUGUCAUUCCCACAGACCUAUGGGACUGGAAACUUCUCAAGGAAAAGAUUGCAAAGUAUGGUAUAAGAAACAGUUUACUUAUUGCCCCGAUGCCUACUGCUUCAACUGCUCAGAUUCUGGGAAAUAAUGAGUCCAUCGAACCUUACACCAGCAACAUCUAUACUCGCAGAGUCUUGUCGGGAGAAUUUCAGAUUGUAAAUCCGCACUUACUGAAGGAUCUUACCGAGCGGGGCUUAUGGAAUGAAGAGAUGAAAAAUCAGAUUAUUGCAUGCAAUGGUUCUAUCCAGAACAUACCAGAAAUUCCUGAUGACCUGAAGCAACUUUAUAAGACUGUGUGGGAGAUUUCACAGAAAACCGUUCUUAAGAUGGCAGCUGAAAGAGGUGCUUUCAUUGAUCAAAGCCAGUCUUUGAACAUCCACAUUGCUGAGCCUAACUAUGGCAAACUCACUAGUAUGCACUUCUACGGCUGGAAGCAGGGUUUGAAGACUGGAAUGUAUUACUUAAGGACACGACCAGCAGCGAAUCCAAUCCAGUUCACUCUAAAUAAGGAGAAGCUGAAAGAUAAGGAGAAGGCCACAAAAGAAGAAGAAGAGAAGGAGAGGAACACAGCAGCCAUGGUGUGCUCUCUGGAGAAUAGAGAAGAGUGUCUGAUGUGUGGGUCCUGAGGAAAGGCUUGGAAGAGACCAGCACUUCCUCACAGCCAAACUACUUCUUGAGCAUAGAUAGGCACAGUAGGUUUGCUUGAAGUGCUAAGGUUUUGCUGGACCUUAUUGCAGCAAAAGGAGCAAUUGAUUUAAAGUACUGUUUCUAUAUAAUAGUGUGAAAGUACUGAUAUUUUAAAUCAAUAUAUUGGGAAUCAAAGUAGAAGUUUUAGGAAUGCAAAAGAGGUCAUCUUGCAAAUAGGAAGUAACUGAAUAGGGUUUCAUUGCCCGCUUGGCACCCCUUUUUUGGUGACCUCAGUUUUCAUAAGAAGACCUAGUUUUACUGCUUUGACUGGUGGGUCCAUAGAAGCAAAACUGAGUCAUAACCUGUGAGAAGUGUUGGCAGGACCUUUAUCUGGAUAAGGUCCUAUUGGUCAUUCUGAAAUAAACUUUCAAAGCGA